UAUUAAAAACUCAUCCCGAUACCGAUAAUAGCGGCAGGAGAAUUUUAGAAUUCCUUAAAUAUAUAUUGUUUAAUUUCUAAGCAUUUUCAAGGAAUGAGUUUAAGCGACUGCAACAAUAACUAUAUAUAUUUGACGGGCAGUGAGGAUUAUGCCCUUAAUUUGGCAAAGCUAUGCGAACGCUUUGCCACCAAAGAAAAGCGCGUCUUACUGAUCACCAGUCGCCAGCAGGGAAUGGCAAAGCGCUAUCCAUGGGAGGCCCAUAACUGCAGCAAAUACCUGACCAUUCUGCAACUGGUGGAUGUGGAGAGCACCCCGCUUCGCAUGCUGGAAAUGCAGGAUAGCGCCGAGUCCUUGUGCAGUCCCGAUUUGAUAGUCUUUGAUCUGCAGUCGCUUGUUUUGGAUGCACUACUGCGUCCUGUGAUGCAGCAGUGCUCCACGGACAAAAUGGUCCGGCACAUUGCCAAGUGCUCCGCAUCCUUUGUGAAUUACCGCGAAAUCCUGGCCAACCUGGCAGGACAGAAGGCGGGCAAGAGCAUCGACACCAUUGUGGUCAUGUCGCAGGAACCGUAUCCCAUGUCAGCAGCCCAGUUCAAGCUGCUAAUUGGACUCUAUUUCCACGGCAACGAGUGCCACACGAAUUUUGCCAAGCUCUCGGCCAAGAUAAUGGUCUCCCAGCGAUUCGCCUAGGCGGAGGACAGAAGAUUGGAGCCACUACAGUGCCUUGGUAACCAGUUCCUGAGUUUAAACAUAGCUGGCAGUAUUGUAGUUUUUCGCCAUAUGCUCUUGCUUUUCAAUCAAUACUUAGAACGUUUACCUUUAUGCAUUGUCUAAACAUGCAUUUUGUCAGGUUAGACGAAUAUUUUCCAAUCUCGAACGAAUUUCGAGUAAUCUCUAUAAGAAUUAUCAGCUAUUGAGACUGUAUUUCCAUUUAAUUGACUUGAAGCUAUUCAUAUUGCCUUCCCAAAAGGAUAUCCAAAUGGAGUUUGUCGUUAGGCUACAGAACAUAUUCGAAUAUUUAAGAAAUUAAAUUUAUAAAAGGCAUCGCACGCUAUAUUAUAUCAGAAUAUAAUACUAACACAAUGCGUACCUUUGGCAAGAACUUAAGAAAUACUGUACGUUGAAAAUAUCUCCCUACAUGGCAUCCAUGCAUAAUGUUAUACGAAAGCGAAGCAAUCGAAUGCUCGAUCAAAUAUAAGACUUUAUUAUAGUAUACUAUUUAGUCUAAACGGGAUUAAAAGUACCAAAAAAAAUUGCUGAUAAUUAAUUAUAAUAUACAUACAUAUAACAAUAAUAUUUAUUAUGCUAAACGGAAAUCUCAACUUAAGGGAAUUUGUAUGAAAUAAAAAAAAAAAAUUCGAAUGCA